AAAAAUGGGAUGAUUAGGGUUGUUCAGCAAUCUUUACUGGGUUCAAUCUUGUCAAAUAUGCUUCUUGUUCUGGGAUGUGCAUUCUUUACCGGUGGGAUUGUCCACUACGAAAAGGUUCAGGUUUUUGACAAGGCACCUGCUGUUGUGAAUUCGGGAUUGCUAUUGAUGGCUGUAAUGGGAAUACUGUUCCCUGCCGUCCUUCACUUUACUCACUCAGAGGUUCACUUUGGCAAGUCAGAGCUUGCUCUAUCCAGAUUUAGUAGCUGUAUAAUGCUAAUAGCAUAUGCUAGCUACCUUUUCUUUCAACUAAGAAGUCAUCACAAUAAUUAUAGUUCACUUGAAGAGGAAGGAGAUGGUAAUGAAAAUCCUGAUGAGGAAGAAGAAUGUGAAUUAACAAAAUGGGAGGCGAUAGGCUGGCUUGCUAUUUUGACAGCAUGGGUUUCUAUUUUGUCUGGAUAUCUUGUUGAUGCCAUAGAGGGGGCAUCUGAGUCAUGGAAUAUACCAGUGGCAUUUAUAAGUGUCAUAUUGCUUCCAAUUGUAGGAAAUGCUGCAGAGCACGCAAGUGCUAUCAUGUUUGCCAUGAAGGACAAGCUUGAUAUUACACUUGGAGUUGCUAUUGGAUCAUCUACUCAGAUAUCUAUGUUUGUGAUCCCCUUUUGUGUGGUAGUUGGGUGGUGCAUGGGAAAACCAAUGGACUUGAAUUUCCAACUCUUUGAGACUGCUACACUUUUCAUCACCGUGCUUGUUGUCGCAUUUAUGUCGCAGGAUGGGACCUCUAAUUAUUUUAAAGGCUUGAUGCUUAUUCUAUGCUAUCUCAUUGUUGCGGCCAGUUUCUUCGUACACAUGGACCCCAAAAACUCCAAAAACAGUGAAGGCGAAUAAUGAAAGAUUAUACAGAGGCUGUGGUGGCUGUGCAGAUAUGCCUUCCAAUUGCAGUACUCAAUACACAGAGAGGUUAGGAUUGAUCUUUGAGAAGUAUCAACCAUGCGUUCCAUAUGUUAGGGGAAAGUCCCAAUUGAUCUUUUGUAUAAAAUAUUUAAUUUUGACUUUUGUUUCGCCUCAAAGGUCUGCUUUCUGGGUAAAGUGGCAAACACCCCCCCCCCAAAAAAAAAAAGAACAAAAACAAAAGGGGGGAAAGAAAAACAAUACACACACAAACCCUUUUUUCAGCUCUAACUAAUCUUUCACUUCCCUUGAGCUUUAUGAGAGCAACACUCUAUACCCUUGUGGUUUGAAUUUUAUAUCAGUCGCAAUCGAACGCCUUCUCCCAAGCGGGGAGGUGCUUUUACGCGGUUCAUGAA